AUGCGCAUAUUUCCAUUAUUGUUUGUACUAAGUCUUUUGCUGUUGGCGACUGACGCUAGACGUCGAAGGACACCCAGUAUUCCCAGCAAUACCUGCAAAGGCAAACCAAAUCGGCAGCAAUGUGAAGGUCCCUUGGAUCUUGGCAGCGGUGGUCGACGCUGUCGAAGAUCGGCGAAUAACAAUAUGUGGUAUUAUAAUGCGGCAAUGAACAGAACCUGCAUAAAAAUGGCCUACAAAGGCUGCGGGGGAAAUAAUAAUCGCUGGUGCAGCAAACAGGACUGCGAAACCAAAUGUCGUCGCUGA